AUGGGUGAUCAUUUUGAUGAAAAUGAUCAUGAUUUGGGUCAAGAAGAACCCAUGCUCUCUGAUUCAUCAGGGGAGCGAUACCAACACAAAAGAGAUGCCAUGAAAAUUUUAGAGGCUAAUCACUUCGUAUGCAUUGAAAAGCUUGGGUCUGGCGCUUUUGGUGACGUAUACAAAAUGAUGGACUUCUCUGGCCAAGAAGUGGCUGUCAAAGUUGUAUCUCUUGAAGUCACUAAAAAAAGUGAAAUUGAAAUUUGGCCAAAAAUGCGUCACCCAAAUAUUAUCCCCCUCUUGCAAUAUUUUAGCCUCAAUGACCCGGAUGUGGGUGUUUUUGUAAUGCCCGUACACCGGGGCACUUUGAAAGAUGCAGUCCAAAACGAGCACUUUUUGAAUCAAACAUGUGCCGUAGACUGCCUCAAAUCAUGGCUUCAUGACACUCUUUGUGGCUUGGCUUAUUUGCACUCUAACGAGGCAUGUCACCUGGAUUUAAAAUCCGAUAACAUCUUGAUCUCGCAAGAUUAUAGAGGUGUCAUAUCUGACUUCUCUUGUCUUGCACCUGCGACGAAGGCAAUACCAAGGGAUGAGCUUGGAUUGCCACGUGUGUAUAGACCUCCUGAAGCUUGCCUAUCACUCGGGGGUGUGACAGAAGUUGAAGGCAAGGCUUUUGAUAUGUGGGCGUAUGGAGUUAUGGUCUUGGAGCUAUUUACCAACAAAGCUCUGAGUAAUGCAAUCACCUGCGCCGAAAAUUGGAACAAGGAUAUUUAUCCUUUCCUGUUCAACAUUCUUCAGGGGGAUGUUUUCAAAAGCUUCAUGAGUGGAUUGUUUCCUGCAACGGGCAUUCCAGAGGGGCAAAUUAGGCUUGCGCUGAAUUUUGUGCACACUUUUCUGAUGCCCGAUCGAAGGAAGCGGUGGAAUGCUGCAAAAGCAAUGGAGCAUUGUUUCUUUGAAAAGGGCGGUCAGAUUGGAACAGGUCCAGAUGCAAUAUGGCUGCAUUUUUGCAAAGAUGAAAACCAAACGAUAGUUGAGGAAUUGAAUGAGGAAUGGGAAAUGUUAAAGCGCAAAAAUGCAGCAUUGCAGAAGAAAGUUCUGGAAUUGAAAGAGUUUUUGGAAAUCGAUGAGUUUGCGAAAAAUGAGAAACCUGUUCCAAAAAAGAGCAUGGUUUCUGAAGGCACGCAAACUUCAAGUAGUCCGAAAGCAAUAGCUAUUCGUGAUCAUUCUAACAGUAUAUAUGACAGGAGUGCUAAUGAUUCUAAAUACAAAAAAGCAGAGUGCACUGAGCCUCAUCCAGCUUUCAUGAUGAUUGUUCAGUGGAGAUUAGACAUUACAACGCAUUAG